AUGAGGCGCGCCGUGUCGCUUUUCCACCCAACAGGAGUCCUCCGCGGCAGACACGCGUUAGCGCUGCGCCCCACGCGUGCGCUUUACAUUCCCCCACAGCUGGCGCGCCUCCUCGUUGCAGGGGGCCUGUUGCUUUUUCAGGCCUUUAUCACGGCCCACGAACGUGAGGCGCAGAAAUUACGGGAAGAAACACAAGGAACAGGCACCACCACUGGCGGCGGCUCUGCUACUUUGAUGUCAUCGUCAGAGGCGCUGCAGAUUCUCGGUCUUGACAGACGUCUCUCUCUUCCGCUGGGGGACGAAGCGGACCGUCAGGAGGCGACGCGGCGUUUCAGGCGUCUUUUCGCCAUUGCAAAGGAGACUAAUAACGUGUACCUCGAGGGAAAGUUUAGCGCGGCGUACAGACUGUGCGUCGACCCAGAGUGGGAUGCGGCAGAUGCUUCAUCUGACGGAGGCAGCAACAACGCAGCCAGCAAUAACGGUGUGAAGGGCUGA